CACGUGACAUAGUGCUCGCACGAAAAAUGAUUUGUGGUUCUUGAUUAACCGGAGUUGAUGAGACUUUUCGAUAGGCAUAAUUGACCAAAAUGCCAAAGAGUACUAGAAGAGCCUCUAUGCAGGCCAUGUACACCAUGAACAAACACACAUUUAGUAGUGAUGUCAGAUUGCUUAUGGAAUGUACAGAAGAAGACUUGUUACCAUGUCAGAAAGAUAACUAUAAAAAUGCCUUAGAUGAAUUUAAUCGUGUUUCUAAGUAUAUAGAAAAUGUAAAGAGUGGUAAAGUUCAGAUCCAAUCUUUACCAAGUACUUCUCUCACAUCUACAACUGAUCAACAAGUGAAUGAUCCUGAUAUCAUAGUUAUUGGUGAAUCUCCACCUCAACAAAAAACUGUGAAUCAAAGAGUUGCACAGAGACAAGCUGUUAGUAAUUCCCCUGUUGCUAAUUUGACCAUUCCACCAUUACCAGUUUCAGCAAUUCCACAACAAGUUUAUAAAUUUGUAAAUGGUCAGCAGUCCAAUGUUGUCAAAGUUGGAAAUCAAAUCUUUAUUAGACCCAUGAUGACAGUAGCGCCUCAACCGAAUGCUCCUAUGGUUAAUGUGACACAAUCUCAAAUUCAGGCAGCUUCAAAUUUGAUACCUAUGACAAUGUUUGACAAAAGAGCAGAAUUAGAAAGUCAGAGAAGACUAGGUUUAUCAAAGAAAGAAGUAGACAGUAGUGGUAAUUGGGUACCAUUAGAUGAGUUUUAUUAUGGCAAGAAAGAAGGUGAUCCUACAUAUAUCGAGGAGAAAGGUGAAUACAGAUUCAAGUGUUGGUUCUGUUCUAAGAUGUUAUAUAAUAAUGUGAAAACUAUGAUGCAUAUGCAAGGUCAUAUUGAUAGUGAAAAACAACAGAAUCUGGAUCUUAGUGACUUAACACAAUGUAAACAUUGUUAUAAACAGUUUGAUACACCAUUUGAGAUGCAAACACACAUUGAAAAGGUUCAUCUAAACAAUAGUAAUGUGUUAAUGUGUAGAAUUUGUGAGAAAGAUCAUGAGAGUCGAGUUGGGUUAACAUCACAUAUGAGACAGAAUCAUAAUGCUUGUGAGAUGCCCUAUAUUUGCCAGUUAUGUGAAUUCCGUUCCUCUAUGUACAGUGAUGUUGUUGAUCACUUUAAAAAAAAACAUGAUAGUUCUGAGAACAUGUUAUGUUUGUAUUGUCUAAAAGCAUUCCAUGUAAAAUUUGUAUCUACUGGUUGGGGACAAACACAAAAUUAUUAUCAUCAUUUAUUAAAACAUCAGUCCAAAAAUAAGAUCCGCAAAUGUCAAGUAUGUAAACUGACUUUCUUUAACCCACAAGAUCUUAAAGCUCAUCGAAGAAAAGACCAUCAAGCAAAUAUAAAAGGAGUUAUAGGUAUGAAUUCUAAAUAUACAACACCUGAUCAAGUAAUGAUAAAAGUACCAGAACAAGGUUUACAACCAAAACAGAUCAAGUCCCUUAAUGCACCAGCUGUCUCUAAGGUUCGAGAUAAUCAUCUUGUUUUACCAGGUGCUGUAAACCAAAUUCACUGUAUGGAAUGUAAAAUGUUAAUGGGAACACAAGAUCAUUACAAAAAGUAUAUUCAGUGUUCUAUGUGUCGUUUUGCUACUAGCUGUAGUUUUGCUUAUGCUAAUCAUAUGAUGGGAUUUCAUUCUGGUCAGAUGACAGCAUUAAGUUUAAAUGUUCCUAAAGAAAGACCUAUGGAACAUGUGAUGUAUUGUAUGUGUGGAUAUGCUAGUAUUUAUGGCAAUAAUAUAGCUAAUCAUAUGGUAUACUGUACUAAGAGAACAUGUUAUAAAGAUAAACCAGAUGUACCUAUAAAUGACUACGAAAACAAAGAAAUCCAAGAUCCAAGAAAUAAACCUGGUGCCUCCUUGUUAGAUGUUCUGGGAUUGGUCAAAAGGCCUACACCGUCACAAAGGGAAGAUGUGGAUUUAGAGGAUGAUUAUGAGGCUGCUGGAAGUUCAUCAGAUCAGACUGGUCAACGCAAGAAAUCUGGCUGGUUUAGAAUAAGACUCCAAGAUAAGCCAAAAAAAACUAGUGAUGAUGAGAGAGAGGAUGAAGAAGAGAUGGAUCAAUCAGAAAAUGCAUCUACUACUGAUGAUGUCCACAAUACUGAUAAUAAUAGUGCUAAUAAAACCAGUGAUAAUAUUGACAAUACCGAUGACAAUAGUGAAACCACAGCCAGUGUUAAUACAACAGACGGUUCUAAAUUACAAGAUCAAUUAUGUGAAACUAUUGAGGACACUGGCAACACUUCUAGUCCGUCAGAUUCCAAGAAAAGAUCUACACAAGAUACAGAGUCCAUUGAAAACCGAGUAGAAACAAACAAAAAUAAGGAUAUAAUCAAAGUACAAGCUACAACAUCUGACACUGCAGCAAGUGAAUUUGCAGAUGGAGUUAAAUCCACAAUCCAAGAUGGAAAAACAAUAAUUACAAGUAAAACUUGCACAGAAAUGGAAACUGAUGUUCCUUUACUUCCAAAUUCUUCUGCAGCAGAUACGGUCAGUCCAUUGUCAGAAAAGGGGGAUAACUCUUUUGAUAAUACAGGCAGUGCAGAUGCAAAUAAGUUAGGAAAGGAAUCUGAACUACAUAGUAAGGCAGCAGACAUUGAAAAAAUAGAAAGUAGCAGCCCUACUGAAGAUUCCACCACAGAAACUUUAGUUGCGUUGGAUGAUAAAAAAAACAGUAAUUCUGCAAGGGAAGAAGACAUGAGCAGACACAGGGAUUCUGGGUUGAGGGAAAAGUACAGUAAUGAUUCUAAGGAAGUACAUGUAGACAAAGAAAAAAUAGAAAGAAGCAGGCCCACUGAAGAUUCUACCAAAGAAACUUCAGUCAAGUUAGAUGUUAACAAAACCAAUAAUUCUAAAGGGGAAAAAGAAAUAAGCAGACAAAAGGAUUCUGGGUCGAUGGAAAAGCACAGUAAUGAUUCUCAAGAAUCUUCUGAAGAAUCUAAACAUGCCAAAUAUUCUGAAAGCAGCUCCAUUGAAGAAACCCAUAAUCCAGAAGAAAAUUCUGAUAAACAUGUUCUUGAGGAAGAGAGUGGGACUUCUGGUAGUAAAACUGCACCUGAGGAAUCAGUGGAGAAAAUUCAGUCUGACACUAAAGAAACAGAAAAGAUUGGUGACAAAACUGUGGAAGACAACAUUUUGAAUAAAACUGACAGUAAAACAAAUAUUAUAAACACAGAUGAUAAUAAAACAAAAGAUGGUGCAUCUAGUUCUGGUGAAAUGUCAACUCCUCAAGGAAGUACCCAGCCUGAAGAACCUACCCUCAAUCAGUCAUACAUCACAGGUUCAUCGUCUUUGGAUAAAAACUGUGAUCACUCGGAUGGUGGCCACAAUCGUCGCCACUCUUCUUCUGCUGAACAGUCUUCUGACAGAAGUCAUGAUUAUAAAGAUAAGGAUAGGUCAUAUAAGCGUAGAUCUGAUGAUUAUAACAGAGAUAGAGAUCGUGAUAGAUCACGAGAUUAUCAUCGUGAUGAUCGAGACAGAAAAUAUGAUAGAGACUAUGAUCGUCAUGGUCGUGACAGAAGUCGAGAAUAUGGUUAUCAUGGUGGUCAGUCAAAUAGAGGUUACAGAAGAGAUGGCCACAGAGAUAGAGACAGGAAUCGAGACCGGGAUAGAGAUUACUAUGACAACAGAAAUUAUGGUCGUCAAGGAAAAGGUCAGGGUCAUCAUGGUGGUUACAGAGACCGAAAUAGUUAUUAUUAAUAUUGUAAAUAAAAAAGCAUCUCCAGUCAACAUUUAUAAUGUAGGAAUAUGAAUUAAUGAAGCGAUAGAAAUUCACACACCAUAUACUGUUUUAUUGUAAAUAGUAUGUUUUAUAAUUAAUUUUUUUUAAAAAAAAAACCUAUUAAAUUUAUAGUCAAUUUUACAAAAUUUGUAAAUGAUCAUUUUUUAUUGAAAAAACAUAUUCUGCAUUUAUGUACAUAGUUAUUACAGGUGUACUCAAUAUUAUUUUUAUAUUAGAAUUGCCUGUGUUUAAGAAUGGUGAAAUCUGAAAUCAGAGAUGUACUUAUAGCUAGUAUAAAAAGUUGUUUGUUGUUUUAAUGUCUCUCUGUAAGUGUAAAAGUUGUUUUAAUACUUUGCUAAUGCUGUCCGUAGAGUAAAUCCAUCAAAUUAUGAAUGGCCACAAGUUAGUGGUAUUAUUUUUUUUAUUUCUUUCAUUCUGAUUAAUUCUGUAUGAAAUCAUGUAAUUAGAAAAUAAAUAUUGUAAAUAAUGAUUUCAUUGAUUUUCAGAAUCAUCUUCCAAAAUAAUUACAAAAGCAAGUUAAUUAUUUAAUUCACAUUCAUAUUAAUUAUUCAUUGUGGACUUUGGUAUGAUGCUGAUUAUGGAUGUGUCACCUGACUUGUAUAUUUACUGUACUGUUAGGUUAAUACACCUUUUUGAGGGGAAUUUUAUGUUUGUGUUAAAUUUGAACAAUGGAUAGGAUAGAUGACAUUAAAUGUCUGGCUGGAAAUUGUACAACAACUGAACUUUGAUGUACAAUUUAUUAUGCAUGGCUUUUUAAAACAUGUUGAAUGUUAUGACAUUGUAAAGUUACAGUCUUCUGGCUGAAAAGCUACAGCUUAAUCUCCAUUCAUACCAUGUAUUUAGAGUGUACUCAUUUUUGUUUUGAAAAUAGCUACAGGAAUAUUAUAUAUCCAACUAAAGUUCUUUUUUUAAAAUUUGACUUAGUCAUAUUAAUAAUUCUGCUGUCUGUGCAUAUCUGUAUGGAUAACUUUUACCAUAAUUCUUAAUCUGUUUUCUUGAUAUAUAAUUUUGAAUCACAAAGUGAAGAAAACAAGUAAUUUGUAGCUGAUACAGCAUGCUGCAUGCCAUGCUAUCCUUUGUCCAUUUCAUGUAUUUCAUUAUUUAUAAGCUAAGGAUUAGCAUGAUUUAACACAGUUUAAACUCAUAGAAAUAAAACAAAACCUCAAGUGCCAUGAAGGUAAUAGUAGGUAAACCAAAAUAUAACAAGAUAUUUACUAAAAAAUCUGUCAUUAAGAAGGAAAGAUGAAAUCCUUUACUGCACAUUGUUAAUGGUCUAGUUUGAUAUAGGCAAGUAUAAUUUUGACUUCGACCAACAAAUGUGCCCGUUUGAAAGGGUUUAUACCUUAAAAAACACAAGCUUGAAGAUAAUUGCAUUUUGAGCUUGUCCCUAGAUAGCAAAUAGUACACUGAUGAAAUUCUUGUCCCUAGAUAGCAAAUAGUACACUGAUUAAUUUUCAAACCAUUUUUGACAGCAUAUCAAAUUAAAAGUAUAGUAAUACAGGUAAUAGCACUUCUAAAAUCCAUCCAGAUUAUAUGCUGGGAAUCAGUGUUACUUUAAUUGUUGUUCGUUGUUUUAAUCACCCCUGUAGAUGCUAUAUGCUAAUGCUAUAUAUAAUAUUGACGAAUGUAAUAAAUUGUAACAAAAUUG